CCUUAAUUUUCUCUCUCUUUAGAAACCAAAAACAACACGGUUUCUCUGGUAUUCUUUGACUAAACACACACACACUCUCUCUCUCUCUCUCAUCAAUUUCAUCAAAAUUAAUCACAAAGAUUCAAGUUUUGAUCAAAAUUACUAAUCACAUUUGGGCAUUUUCCAGAAGAAAUCUCUAAAAAAGAUUGAUAUUUUGGGUUUUAAUGGAGUUUUUUGCUCUCUGUAAGAGAGAAAGAAGAAGAAGAAGAAUGAAGAAGAAAUCAUCAUUACAAACACUGAAAUCGACAAAGAUUGUUCAUUUGUAAUACCAAAUGCCGUAUCUGAGAAAACCCAGAGAUUUAAAUUGGAAGAAAAAGAGAUCUAAUCGAACAAAAUCGAUUUGUUCUUCCUCUUCUCCUCCUCCUCCUCCUCGUCAUUCUAAUCAUCUUCUUCCUGGAUCUGAUGGUGAUCCUUGUAGGUAUUCCCGAGGAAUGUAAUAAGAAUAGUAGUAAUAGGAUUAGGGUUGAUUUAGUUUCAUUGAAUAGAAGAAGAAGAAGACGAGGAUGCAGGUUCAUUUAUCUCCUAGCAUGAAAACUAUAACAAUCUCGACAAACAAUCAUAGUAAUAACAAUAAUGGAGGUAUUUUGGACUUGAUGAAGAUCAAAGUAGCAGCUCGUCACGUUUCUUAUAGAACUCUAUUUCAUACUGUACUCAUUUUAGCUUUUUUAUUACCUUUCCUUUUCAUUCUCACUGCUGUCGUCACCCUUGAAGGCGUCAAUAACUGCUCCUCCCUCAAUUGUUUGGGAAGGCGAUUGGGUCCUAGGCUUCUUGGUAGGGCAGACGAUUCAGUGAAGCUGGUUAAAGAUCUAUACAAGAUUCUCAACCAAGUUAAUUUAGAUAAAAUCCCAGAUGACCUCAAGUUGCCAAAGUCAUUUAGUGCUCUUGUUUCUGAAAUGAAGAACAGCCAAUACGAUGCCAAGACGUUUGCUACCAAAUUAAGGGCAAUGAUGGAGAAAUCGGAUAUUGAGGUCAGGGCAUCCAAAUUUGCGGAGCUAAUGAAUAAGCAUUUUGCAGCGAGUGCUAUUCCAAAAGGCCUACACUGUCUCUCUUUGCGCUUGACCGAUGAAUACUCCUCAAAUGCCCACGCCCGCAAGCAGCUGCCAUCUCCAGAGUUGCUUCCUUUGCUCUAUGACAACUCCUUCUACCACUUUGUUCUAUCUACCGAUAAUAUCUUGGCAGCUUCUGUUGUGGUUACUUCCAUGGUUCAGUCGUUUCUCAGGCCAGACAAAAUAAUCUUUCAUGUCAUCACUGACAAGAAAACAUAUGCUGGGAUGCAUUCAUGGUUUGCAUUGAACCCCCUCUCUCCUGCCAUUGUCGAAGUGAAAGGUGUUCACCAAUUUGAUUGGUUAACAAGAGAAAAUGUACCUGUUCUUGAAGCUGUGGAGAAUCAACAUGGCAUCAGAAAUUAUUACCAUGGAAAUCAUGUUGUUGGAGCUAAUCUCAGUGAGACGACGCCGCGGAACUUUGCUUCGAAGUUGCAGGCAAGAAGUCCUAAGUACAUUUCAUUACUCAACCAUCUCCGCAUAUAUCUUCCAGAGCUCUUCCCGCACCUCGACAAGGUGGUUUUUCUAGAUGAUGAUGUUGUAGUUCAGCGUGAUCUGUCACCUCUAUGGAAUAUUGAUCUUGGUGGCAAAGUUAACGGGGCUGUACAAACCUGCGAGGGGGAUGAUGAGUGGGUGAUGUCGAAGCGGUUUAAGAACUACUUCAACUUUUCUCAUCCUCUGAUAGCAGAGAAUCUAAACCCGGACGACUGUGCUUGGGCAUAUGGGAUGAAUGUCUUUGACCUUCAAGCAUGGAGAAAGACGAAUAUUAGGGAGACAUAUCAUUCAUGGUUGAAAGAGAAUCUGAGGUCAAACUUAAGACUGUGGAAGCUUGGGACACUACCGCCAGCUCUAAUCGCCUUCAGAGAUCAGGUUCAGCCAAUUGAUCCAACUUGGCACAUGUUAGGCUUAGGCUACCAGAGUAAAACCAACAUUGAAUCUGUAAAGAAAGCUGCUGUUAUUCACUACAAUGGCCAAUGUAAACCAUGGAUAGAAAUUGGAUUCGAGCAUCUUCGGCCUUUUUGGACUAGGUAUGUUAACUACAGCAACGAUUUUGUAAGGAACUGUCACAUCUUGGAGUAGUGGCGGAUCAACUGGAGAACAAGAACAUAUCGACUUGUUGACAGAGAAUUAUAUACAUGAAUGGGUUACCAUUAAAUUUUGCGGCUCAAUUUUUUGCAAGAUUAAAUGGAGAAGGGAAUAUGGUAUUUCCCAUGUUGGCAACACCAGUCAGAGAAGAAUUCUUUCGAUUUUUGUAACAUAGCAAUCAGAGCCAACCCAUGGUCACCAGCAACCAUUGCGUUGAUCGGCCCCUAUUUUUUGAGAGCACCCAAUUUCUUUCUCGUUUUUUGUUCUUUCUUGUACUUUCUUAGCCAUGUAGAGGAUCUAAGGGCAGAAUUUUUGUGAGGUAGAUUUCCUCAGUUUUGUAUACUAUAUAUAUCCCCUCGUGAAUUCAUUUUAGACAUUUUCCACAAAUAUGCAGAAAACUUGUGUAUAUUGUAAAAACUAAGCCUGCCAGCUCUGGUAGGAUGUCUCCUUUACCACGUUGAUCAUGUGUUCCUCAACCGAA